ACAUUCUUCAUCUGAGAGCGUUUCUUUCUUUCUAGAAAACCUCUAAAUUUCCUGUGUACUCUGUAUCCUUUCCCUUUCGGUAGUGAAAACAGUUUAGUUUACAAUUUCGCAGCGUGUGAAGUACAUAAAAGUUGUGAGCGAUUGUGAAAUUUUACGCAGGAAAAAACUACAAAAAUUCCGAAACUCCAACCACACAGUCUCAGUUGGCCAUUGCAAUUCCUGGCGCGUCACGCGCCCCCUUCCACCUGCAGAAAUUUUCCGUGAAAGAAAAGGAAAAAAGCGCCACUCACACGCACACGCUUGUUUUCCUUCAUCCCCCCAAAAAAUCAAAACAAUCGAACUCACAAACACAAAGGUGCGUUCGCCGCCGGUGCGAAUUCUCUCACCCUCUCGCAGAGAGUGAGAGAGCAGCGCGCGCCCGAGGGAAAUUGAGAGAGCGAGAAUUUUUCGUCCUGGUCGCGAAAGCAACAGGAAGAAGUUCGAGUUCGAGCGCGCGCGACAGGAAAAUUCAGUCACUCUCAGUUGGCCGUGCAGUUUGGACGCUUUCCUCUGGAGGGGAGCUUUCGAAUUUCCGUUUGACGUUUUGGGUGAGUGCGUGGAGUCGCGUGGUGUUUUGUUUUGAAAACAAAAAAAUCGGCGAGCGCGAAACGAACGGAGAGAUGUUCGUCCUAGUAGGCGCGCUUGUGUUGGUGUGUAGAGAAGUGGGGUUUGCACAGUGAAAACGAAGGAAAAUCGUCAAUUUCCCGUUGAUUGGCCAGCUUGGAUGGUGCGAUUUUGACAGUGGUUUGUGCAAGUGAGCCGUCAGCAGGAGCCAGGCUGUUGUAUAAUCAGUUUGAUAGUUGGAAGCGAACGUGUUUGGUCGGUUUUUCCUCAGCCAACUUGGAUGGAAAUUUUGCGCUGAACGCGGCUCUGUCUCGAAAGGAAAAGCCCUCUGCAAUAUGAUCUACAACCAGUGGCCAAGGGUGAAAGUGUAAAGCGCCUCGUCGACGUCGUCGCUCUUCCGACGUGGAAAUCCGAGCAGGCUGCGAAAACAAUAUUAUGGAAUUAUGUUUGCCGAACGGAGCCUCCUGAGCUGUUUAUAUAAUACCCUGAUUUUCAUGCAGCCAGUCCUCUACGUGACGCGUUCGUUUGGUGUGAUUUACGACGAGUACGUCGUGGACCAGGGCAAAAAUCUGACGCUACAAUGUAAGUCACCCUAUCCGGUGAUGUGGGUGCACGCGGGCCGCCGGGACGGCGAUUUCCAGCAGUUUCAGAACGACGGCUCCUUGCAACUGAUCAACCUGACGGCUAAAGAUGGCGGUCUGUACACGUGUUCCGAGAUGGUUCCGACGUUCACGACGGUCCAACUGUCCAGCGAAUCGCUUCCGGAGGACGACUCCGACAACAGUACGUUGGACAGCGGGUUCGUGAUCUUCAGCACGGUGGCGCGCAACGAAUCGUCCAACAGUUCCAGCGAAGACCUUCCGGCGGCGUCCACGCCCCAGUUUGACAGCACUCCGGACCGGUACGUGGAGCUGCGGCGGGUUCACGUCAAGGUCCGGACUUCGCCGUUGGCGGUGUCAAAUUUUUUCGUGCGAGCGUCCACCAUCAUUGCGGUGCUGGUGUGGGAAGUGCUGCCAAACCGGACCGGCGGAUACGCGAUCCGGGACUUUACGGCGGAAAUGCGACGGCUCCGGAUGACAGAAGAGGAUCCGGAGGAACGCUGGGAGACGAUCGACCCGAGGCACAUUAGUCCGAAUGCGCGCCAACUUGAGAUCUACCACCUGAUCCCGAACACCACGUACGAGUUCCGGAUCUGGGCGAACAACGCGCUCGGUUCCGGCGAAAUCGUCACCAUCACGGCCACCACCACGCCGGACAUGGAGGAGAAAGACCUGAUUCGGCGGAUCAUGGUGGACGCGCAGAACUUUGACACCCGCGUCUGGAUCGCGGCCGUCGCCGUCGUCAUGGGAACGUUGGUCAUCCUGUCGCUGGGGACGUGCAUCGUGCUGUAUAAGGAGUGCCGCGAGCCAAUCGAAAAAGAAGAGGAGUUGGACAGUUUGGAGCUGGUGCCAAACAUCAUCCUCAAUCCGGGCUUUUGCGACUCGGACGACCAGGGCCAGAACCCGCUGAUGCCGCCCCUGCCGCGGACAUUGGCCUUCCUUCCGGUGGGACCACCGCGGCCCCGGAAUCAACCGCUGGCGGCACGGCGGGCCAGCUCGUACCACCAUCCGUCGUCGACGUCCUACAGUGGCAACCGGUAUUACAGUAACGGCCCCAACGGCGGCGCCGACGAUGACGACGACGACGACGAUUCCGACGUGGAACCGAUGACAUUCAGCCGCCGGAUGUCGAUCUUUUUCACCGGCAACACGAUCAAGCGAAUUUGAGUGAAGGUAUUCCCGGAGGAUUCGGCCAGGUUCUACUAGGAACGAGUGGAAAACGGGUCGGAGCUGGCAAAACGAAAAGAGUUCUUUCUAGUAAGUCUGAGACAUUCCAAAGUUAUUGUUUCUUGCGCAGCAGAGGUGUCACCGCUUGUCAUGCGCGCCAGCAAGAGAAUGAGAUUCUAUCGGAACGAACGGAAAAACGGAACGCUUUUUGGUCUAGGAAUUCUUCGGGAAAACGAGACAAAAUAACUCACUAAACACUAAACACUACAACGCUUUUCUCUGCCGGAAAUGCAUCAGCGUGCAAAACAACAACACUGAAACAAAAGAACAACUUUGUUUUGAUUUUUUGACAGUUGGUUCUCGUACGCGCGUUGGCAGCGCCGCCACGCGUUGAAGCUUCCUACUACAAAAACUCGACUUAAUUUUGUGACACUUUUUGAAAAUCACACACAAACAAGAUAUUUAUGUUCGUUGUAGAGAGCGAGCCGCCAGCGUUUCCUCUGAUAUUUUGUCUAAUCGCUAGGAAUACGUGAAAUGAAAUGUGAUAAAUCGGAUUAGGAUUUUAGGUGGAGAAAGAAAAAUCGAUUGGUACAAUAAUACAUAAAAUAUUCCGACGCCGUGUUAGAGCCAACUUGAACAAAAUGCACUGUUAAAAUGUAGCUUUUGUAAUAAAAAAGAAACACGAAAAAGAGGGAAAAACAAAACAAACGAAAGCAGUUGUUAGUAGUGGCAAAGCGCAAAAAUAACUCGUUGUUUGAUAAACCAAAAUCAAUUAUUAUUAAGACAAAAAAGAAAUCACUUGUUUACAAACAACCAAACAAAGCAUAAAUGAUCAUCUUAGAAGACUGUAGAAGUUGACACAUAAAAAAAACGCGUUAAAAAAUAAUUAAAAUUUAAACAAAAAUCACUCCAGCUGAACGCAACUGCACGCAAAACGCUUGCAAAUGUGUGCGCCAAAAAAUGCGAGUGAGAUUAAGUUAGCCAAACAAAAAGUUCGAGUGAAAACGUGAGAGAGACUAAACAAGAAUAACAUUCACCCAAAAAAGGCUUUACCCCGCGAAUUUUUCCCACCCUAACGCUCCGCUAUGCUGCUCGAAACAAUUUAAAACGCAUUUUUUUUUUGAGUGUUUUUUAUGCUUCUGUCAGAUAAAAAAAGAUUAAAUCGGGUUACUCAAAUUCUGACGAAAAUAAUUUACCAUAAGCCGAUUUGUGGGGGGUUCCACGAUUUCGUUUUUUUUUCAGUCCAAAAAUGCAACACAAACACAAGUAGGCGGCUUUCUUUUCCCUCCACGCCAUUUAGAAAGGAGGAAGGGGACAUUUGCCGUCUAGACGGAUGGUCGUAGUAGGCGGUGCCUCCGACAAAUAGACGCGAAUCUUGUUCAAAUCAAAAAAAUAACGGUCAAUUUGAAUGAUAUCGGAAAUUCACCACGGCAAUUUUGAAUUCACCCCAACGCGUUUGACAGUUGCUCGAAGCUGCACGCAUAUUUUAACUUAAUGAUUUCCGUCUGUUUGUCUGUGGCGAUACUUUUGAAAAUUUAACGGGGCGUGACUAAUAGUUAUGAUUUAUUCAAAGACGCGCGAUCGAGGUUGGCCUUGACUUUGGUUGCAAGCCUCUGGAUGGGAAAUUAAGAAGGGAAGGCUUUUCUGGGGGUUUUUCAAUUGGAUUACUACCAAAAAACGAUAACGCGAUUUGCGAUGUACCAAUUUGGUGAGCAUUUGAAAUUACUUUUUUUUAUAGAUUUUUGAAAGAUAAAUCAUUUCUAGAGUUUUUUUUUUCAAAAGGUCUUAUAAACAUAUAAAGCAAAAUAGUUUAUAGGACCUUUUCAAAACAAACUCUUGAUUUGGUAAAAGAAAAAUGAAAGUGAAAAUAAUUAUAUACGCGAUAAUUUCAUUUUAAGAAUUUUGGCAAAACGAUUUAAAAAGGGGAAACGUAACAUCAACUGACAUGAGCUGUUUGUUGACACUUUGUCUUAGGCUCAUUCUAUUGCAUUGCUUAAAAAUGAAGAUAUGUUUGUGUUACGUUUUUUUUAAAUUUUAAUCUUUGCGUAUUUUCAAAUUUAAAUUUAUGUAAUUUUCCUCAACACCUAACUUACUCAAAUUUGAGUAACUGGGGUAAAAGUAAAAUUUGAGUGAAUUUCACAAAGAAUUCGCGAGUUUUCGAGCUGUCAAAAAUAGUUUUCACGGAAACUGGAAUUUAUACGGCAAUUUAUAUGGCAAUUUUAGAAAAAGGGAAAAUUUGACUAUUUUCGGGCUUUGACUAUUUUCACCGGAUUUUUUUUCUGAAUAAUAUUUUUCAAAAACAAAUUCAACUAAAAGCGUUUUUCUGUUCAGUUUGGCAUGCUAAAUAACCCUCCAGAAAAUAAAUCCGGUGAAAUUUGGUCGGAAAAUUUUCAAAUUAUGACGUUUCUCAAAAUCGCCAUAUUAAAUCCGGUUUUCGUGCUAACUAUUUUUUGACUGCUCGACAACCCACCUAAUCUAAUCUACAUACCUUGGAUGAAUUCUUUGUGAAAUUCAUUCAAAUUAGACACUUGCCCCUGUAACUUAAAUUUGAGUAAGUUUGGUUUUUAGGAAAAUUGAGGAAAUUCAAAUUUACUCAGUUUUCAUGGAAGCGAACUUACUCAAAAUUGAGUAAGUGGAGCAAAUGUCAGAUUUGAGUAAAUUUCUCAAAGGUGAAAGGAUUUAUCCAAAUCUAACACUAGCCACAUGUACUCAUUCUUUGGGUAGGUUUGUUUUUGACGAAAACUGAGUGAUUUAAAAUGAGGGUGUAGACUGGCAGUUCAAGGUGAAACGUCAAACGAGUGGUUGCACUCCUUUUUUUGCAUUAGAAAGUUAGUGUUACCCAUUUGUAUGCCGCUGUUGAUAAAUAAACAAAUAAUCAAACGCCUUUAUAAUAUAACAAAAAAAUAUGUAAAAAGAACAUCCGAGUGAGCUAAAGUUCAUACAAUUAUUGAAGGCCAUUUUUUAUAUUAAAAAAUGGCACGUAAAUUUAGUCGAUAGAAAUAGUUAUGAAACAUUGGGCGCUGAGCGAAAAAAAAUAUUUAGGAAAAAAUAAAACGCAUCUGAGUAGGUAAACAAACUCCUUGCUAAACGUGUAAAACCUAUGUGUACUGAAAAAAAUCUAUUCGGAUUGCUUAAACAAAUUAAUCAAAGCUGAAAAAAAAUCCGAGCCUUUCAAAACGUUACUUUUCGUCCCUCCCGGAAGUUCCAGUCCUCUCAGUUUCCUUAGCAACCAAAACCAUGACAACCACAAGAACUCACCGAUUUAUGACAGAAAUUAACCCGAGCAUCACACUGAAUGUAAAGAAAAUAAACGAACCUAUAAUGCUAAGCAGAGUACUUCAAAACUUCAUAUCAAAAACUACCAAUAACAAAACUAAAAAAACCCUAAAUAAACUAUAUUGCGAGUUGCAACGCUGCAAACUGAUGGACAAAGUAAACGUAAUGGAUUGCGAUUAGCAAAAAUAAGAAGAAUAAAAAUAAAACCGUGACUGUAUUGGUGUUUGCCGAGAAACUUGUGAGCAGGAAAAGCGAAUAUUCAUAUAUAUUAUAUAUAUUGUACUAAGUGGACACUUUAGCGCGUAGGACACUAUAUUUAGGGGGACAAACCAUCGACGGAAUGUGGGACAAUGUGAAAACGAUGUAAAAAAUGUACUGUAAACAACACUUUUAUGAUAAAAAAAAAACUAUGAAGAAAAAAAAACGCCUAUGAUUGUAAACGUAGAUAAAAAAAACUAAUCAAACGUCGAACGUACAUGCUGCAAAAAUAAAUUAAUAAAAUCUAACGCUAAACACAAACGUGAGCUACUAUUUAGCCAAAAGAUACCAUUUCUAAUAGACAAAUGCGUCCGCAGUCGUCCAAAUCUCAGAAUGCCAUCGCAGUUGGCCGCUGUUUGUUUUCAUUGGUGGCGAUCUCGAAUUAAGCGUGUUUCUUUUUGACAGUUUCAAAUUUCUACCGAACCUACUCAGAAAUGAGUAAAUUGGGCUUCUGUCAGAUUUGAGUGAAUUUCACUCAGAAUUCAACAAGAAUUGCGAGACAUUUACUCAAAUCUGACAGAAGCCCAUUUAACUCAAUUCUGGGUAGGUGUAGUUUAGACGAAAAAAUGGGUGAAUUUGAUUUUCGUGUAGAAAGCCAAUUCAAACACUGGAAAAAAUCAACACGUCAAUUGCACCGGUGAAAACUUGCAACGGGAAACAAAUCAUCAUCACGAUCGGUGUUGUUCACUCAAACUCAGUCACACACUCUCUCGCUGCUUCACAUUUUAAAUCCAUUUUCAAGGCACACAAUGCUUUCACAAUCCUGAGCACUCUCAGUUCGAGUUCAUUUGUAUGAAAAAAAAAUCAUUUCCUCUCACAUUUUUGGCCGCAUGAUUUUAUUCCCUUUUCCUUCACCAACAAAAUCUUUUUAAAUUAUUACAAACAGAAAAAGCACAAAAAAUCACCGAAAAAUGCAAGAGGAUUGCAAAAGUACACAUUUUUUCAUAACUAAUUUUCUCUUCGCAAUGCAACAGUAUCUCACACAGAAACACGUGUUUUUCGAAUCCCAAACCGGAAUGCAUUUGCAUGAUUGCGGCAAUUGAGCAGAGAUCUUACUCCUUGACUUUUAAAGCGACUCUUUUUUUCCCCCUUUAAUAGUAAUUUGGAUUUGUAAGUAAGUUUUCUCACUCUUUUUUCGGCAAAACUUUGAGCAAUUAGGUACUUUUUUCCAAAUUUUGGGCUUAUUUUUCUACUCGAAUAAAUUUUGUCUCUCCUAUGAUUAACAUUUUUUUCCGUUUAUUUUCGUUCGCUCGCGCUACUUGAUCUCUCGUUAUCAGUUUUGUUCACACCAAAUAACCUCUCGAUUUGUUCUUUCUAUAGGUCUUUCAGAAACAAACGAUUUCUUUUGAACAAACAAACAAAUACUAAAUUCUCCCUCCAACGGUUGGUACGUUCAAACUCCGAACACAGAUCGGUUACAUUGUGCGUGAUUUAAAAAUGUCGUGAUAAACAAAAAUCCAAGUCUUACUUUGAAAUAUCAAUAGUAUUACCAUUUACUAAACUACAAAAUUUUCAGCUAAAUUCAACUAAAAUCCGUAUCAAUAAUUAAACUGAUGGGAUCAUAAAAAUAUAUAUCGCAUAAGUUUUACUCCGUAAUAAAAUUAAUUCUAAACUAGCGAGCUAAGGAAACCCAAACAAAUAAACCCUCACACAUUUUCCAAACAUUUACCAAGGUAUUGUAUUUGUAGGGUUUUUCGACCUACUUUCUCUCAAAAUACAAAUAUUUAUUACGUCAAACUCGUGUGCUUAAAGUGAUGGAAUUACUUUCCAAAUUCGGGUACCAAUUACACACAUAAAUCGAGAACUCAAAGUAGAUCAAAGUUAGAGUUAUUUACACUGAGUAGUGAAAAACUAAAAUCGAAUAAUUACAAAAAAAAAUUUAAAGCAAAACUGCACCGGCGAAAAUUGACACGCAAUUGUGAGAAUGCAUUUCACUCAUCACCCCCCAGUUCUGGUAUUUUUCUUUAAUUCUUCCCUUCCCGUUGUUUCGAAAUCAGCACCCAAAUUUACGACAAACUGUGGUCAAAACUAAUCACUCUAUACAUACUUAUUAAUGGUCCUUUCUUCUAGCCAGGGACACGUGCUUACACUCAAAAUUAAAACUGCUUAUCCUGGUCAUCUUUCACGUCAUGCUACAUUUGUAAAACUAUAUCGUAACGAUGCGUCAGUUGUGUGUCGUGUAUUCCAUGCUUAGAUAUCCUGAUAUUCAAGUAAACUUACAAUAUCAAAUCAGCCACACCAACACAAACAAACAAAUGUUCAAUGAUACAAAUGACUAAACGAAAAAAAAAUCUGCAACCUAAAACAUCUUUGAAACACUGCAAAAGCUCUUUGUCUUUUUACUACCAAUUAAAAAAAACACACACACAAAACUCAAACACAAUAUUGCAACAUUUCAAAUAAAAAAACACACACACACAAACAAACAGUGCAAAAGAAGGUGAACCGCAGCAGAA